AUGUCUGAGGUCACAUUAGUGUCAAAGAACAAUGUUGAGGUUACCAUAUCUCGAGAAGCUGCUUCUGUAUCUCCAGUACUGCGAAGUAUGUUGUCUAGUCCAUUCAUAGAGCAACAAGAAAACAAAAUCGAGCUAAAGGACAUAGAUUCAAACGUGCUUCAAAAGGUUGUCGAAUAUUUGGAGUACCAUCAGAAAUAUAUUACGGUUUCGGAGAAUGAAGACAUCCCUGAGUUCGAAGUUCCGACUGAAAUGUCGUUGGAGCUUCUGUUGGUAGCAGACUACCUCAACAUUUGA